UGUUUACCUGCUCUCCGAUCAUUUGUACCUAUAUAUACUGAUUCACAUAGACUGGAAUUUGUGCGUCAAAUCAGGCGAUACACUAUAGUAAUCAGCGCGUCCCCUGGGGGGACCGGCUGCUCUCAGUGUAAUACACACACUAUGGAGGAGGUCACAUUCCGUGGGUAUAAUGCUGACCACGUGGUCACACUAUGAUGACUGUGGAGAUACAUGUACUUUCGGUGAACAUACAUACAUUGAAACUAGAUGAUGGAUAUCGUUAUUAAUGUAUAAUAGGAGUCUUCCGUAUAAAAAGAAUUUCGGAAUGGAUGUGUACGAGAGGGAGGUUGGGGACUGUGGAGAGAUCCCAGAGAUGUACAAAACAUGCGGACAGUGGCCAUGUGUUCCUGUCAACGCAUCAUGUCCAUGUAAACCAGAAGAGUUCAGCUGUUCAGACGACACAUGCAUUUCUCAGAGUCUCCUCUGCAACGGGGUUAAGGAAUGUGAAAAUGGAAACGACGAACUCAUGUGCAAUAAUAGUCUAUCUGAAACCUCAGCCAUUCCACUUCCGGUAUUCAUUGCUGUGGUAGCAGUAUGUGUGCUAUUCUGUGUCAUAGUCGUUGUCCUCUGCUAUAUUUGUGUGAGACGCCGUCAGCGGAAAAGCAAUGGAUCUUUAACAAGCAACGUGCUGUUGACGCAGUCUAGUGAAAAAGACAAUGUUCAGGACGCUUGUGAAAGCAAGAACAAGACGUGCGCACAUGUAAUCGGUAAAGGAAGUGACAGCAUACGUAAACCACACAGUAACUAUGGCUACGAAAAAGUACCACAAGACUUCAGUAUAUUUUUUGGAGACGAAUUCCUUGGGACAUCUACACCAAAGCAAGGAAUAAAACAUGUUGUGAACCUAAAGAGAUUUUCAGGAAAUGUUGACAUCAAAGACCAAAUGCUUGUGAAUCAGAGUUUAAAUAGUAAUUAUAGUGACUUUAGGACUGGUGCUCAAAGGCCACAUUUGUUACAAGCAAGGGCCAUCGGAGACAGUGUGGGUGAUCUGAAUGCAUCUCUGUUCCUUCCCAUCACGUGACAUAGACUGUUCCGGCAGAAUAUACAAACUAAUACAAAUUUCCUGUGAAGUGCCAUUGCGACAGCAUUUUCAUGAAAAGAUGCAAAUUCGGACGCUAAAAAGAAUACUCCAUGUUCUUACUGAGAAAUCAUGAUUUUAUGUUUUUAUUAAAUGAUUAUUUUGA